GUUGUUUCUGUUUGUAGCAUUUGGGCAACAUUUCUUAUGACCUUACCUCCAUAACUUUAUUUAACAGCAGCUACAUCUGUGUGUUAGUGUUACAGGAACAAUGCACCUAAUAUAUCGACGUUUAUAAAUGUAAAGUUAGCAGCGCAUUUAGCUGUAAACAGAUGAUUCAUAACACAAGUUCAUGUUAGCAUCAGGGUCUAGUUAGAACACAUCAUGGAGAGGAGGAGCUAGCUGGUCUUAACUCAGUGGUAAUGUAACAACUUAAUUUACAUUAACAAGCAGAUUCAUGUUAUACUAUAGUUGAAGUUGUCCAUUUUAAUAUGUCUGCCCUGUAUCGAAGCGUUGUGUUCAACCGUGUUUCCAAGUUAAACACAUGUUUGAUACAAGUCAUGAGAUUUGGGUAUAAUGCGCCUCCUCCACAGUGGAAGACACCCGACAGCCUCCAGAGAGCUGGAAACACAAGCAGAUCACAGGACACAACUAACCCCAAAGCUAUGGCUAAUAUUUCUAGAAAGCUCAGUGUUUCUUGUUCAAGGUGUCUCUCUACUUCACCUGAGAGUGGAGCUAAUCGAGUGAAAAGAGUUUCUAUCGAGGGCAACAUUGCUGUUGGAAAGUCCACCUUUGCAAGACUCUUGCAGUCGGCCUGUCCGGACUGGGAGGUUGUGGCAGAACCCGUCAGCAAGUGGCAGAACAUUGAGAGUGGUGCAUCGAAGGGGACAGACGCCUCCCCCCAGACCACAGUCAGCAACUUGCUGCAGAUGAUGUACCAGGACCCUGAGCGCUGGUCCUACACCUUUCAGACGUUUUCCUGUAUGACCCGGCUGAGGACGCAGCUGCAGCCUCCUCCUGCUCGCCUGCUGCGCUCAGAGGGAGUGCCGGUCCAGGUGUACGAGCGCUCCGUCUACAGUGACAGAUACAUCUUUGCCCUGAACAUGUUUGAGCUGGACUGCAUCAACUCUACAGAGUGGGCUGUCUAUCAGGACUGGCACUCCCUCCUAGUGGAACAGUUCGGACACCAGGUGGAGCUAGAGGGCAUCAUCUACCUCAGAGCCCCACCAACGACAUGUUUGGAGCGCCUGCACCGACGAGGCAGGGCAGAGGAGAAGGGAGUGGAACUGGACUAUCUGGAAAAGCUACACGUUCAACAUGAGAGGUGGCUGGUUGAAAAGAGCACUGAAACACAUUUUGAGAAGUUGAAGCAAAUACCUGUGUUACAACUCGAUGCCAGUGUGGAGUUUAAGAGUGACCCAGUCGUGCAGGAGGAAUUUAUAACAAAGAUAAAGAACUUCUUCAGUGCUUUAUGAGAAGACAUCAUCCGAUACAGUCAGCAGCGGGUAGCAGAUGAAACCAGUCGGACCUCAGUCAGACAGACGAACCUCUCAGAGUGAAGGAAAUGGAGUUACAUACAAGUUUUCUCUUAUUAAUAAGCUGCAGGAUCACAAUAUAUGAAACACGCAGCUUGAGUUUUGUCUGUAUAGAAAUAUGACCUCUACAUAGACUUCUCAUUGUAGAUUUUUAAAAUCUUUUUGUAGUUUGCAUGUUUUUAAUUUGUAUUUGCUCUGGGUAGUAUAAGUUCAUUCUACUGUACUGUUUACUCCUAUCUAUAAUAUGACCAUUUCAAACACUGUUUACUGAUCAUCCUACAUUUUCUUUACGUUAUUGUUCAACACAUUCCUAACUGACAAGGAACCAGCCAUCA